GGAACUCGUCCGAACCAAGCAUUCUUUUUAUGUGGUUUGCAGAAGUGUUGGGCUGGGCACUUGAGACUUCAGUAGAAUCCAGAAAUGAACACCGGUCUAGGUGAAUCUUUGCCCCUCCCCGCUGGCACUGCUUCUAGCACGCACCCCGCAAGUUCAGAAAACGGCCGUGGCCUGGACGGUUCAAAUGUAGUAGGAAGCAUGGCGGAGACUGCGGAUCGAGUGGUUAGCCCGGUGCUGAGCAGUCCCGGAGAUGAGGCUUCGUGUGGGGACUUGAACCUGAUGCCACCGCCACGGGAGAGGCGCACCGACAUAGCUGCCCUGGUGGGCUCCGGAGCGGCUAAGGUCGGUUUCUCCGGCGCCAUUCUGAUGGUAAUGCUCAUGAUGCCCGUCCUGGCGGUCGUAUUCUCCACAAAAGUGGGUCCUUGGCAUUCGGGUAAGGACAACCCGUCGCCAUAUCUGUGCAACGACUCCGUGUGCCAUUUGGAGGCGCACUACUUCGACGAGAAACUUGACGAAAACGUGGACCCCUGCGAGGACUACUACGGCCACGUGUGCUCGUCCGUCUGGGAGCGCCUCAGCGUGGACCUGCGCACAGUGCCAUACCUUAGGCAGAGCCCGGGCUUCCUUUACGACGGUCUGCGCGUCUUCGCCAGUGCCUAUCAGCACCAGGACGUGGACCAGGUGCGACAGAGCAAGCACCACUUUGGGCAUAAGAUACUGCUCUUCAUCGCCAGCUGCGUCCAGCCGGCGUCCCGAUCAUUGCGCGAGACUGACUCCCUGGGCAGCGUGCUCAAGUACCUGGGCCUGGAGGGCUGGCCGUACGACUCCACGCCCCGCGGUCGCAGGGACGUGGCCCAGAUCGCGGGCAAAGUGGCCGGUGCCCUGGCGCUCUUCCCGCUCGUUCGGACCACGCUGGAAUCGCUGCCGCCUUCGGGGCCUAAACAACCGCCGGAGCUGCUCCUCGUGCUUGGACAGCCGACCCUGCCUCUGGAGCGGCACCGGCACCUGGACGAAAGCCGCGCGAUGGACUGGUACCGAGACCUGGUGGCGCGGGCGGUGCGCCUCUUCUACGCCGGCAAAGACCACGAGAGCAUCGUCGGCGCCAUCGUGGGCCUGGAGAGGCAGCUGGCCCAGUCCCUGGAAAGCAUGCCGUCCAGGAAGCGCCUACCGCUGUUCAAGAUGUCCCUGUCCAGUAUUCCUUCGGGGGACCGCUGGGACUGGGUGGCGUUCGCCAACGCGGUCCUCAAGGGCAGCGCGGCCCUGAGUUCCAGCCAGCGGGUGGCCGUCCGGUCGAUGCUGUUCCUGCAGCGACUGGCCCGCAUCACACACGGCGCUGCGCCCGCCGUGCUCCUCAACUACCUCGGCUACCGGGUGCUCCUGGCCAUGUCGCCGCUGCUGCCCACCAGUGCCGAAUUCCUGGUGCCGUUGUCUGUGGAGGGCCGUCGCAUCGCGGGCCUCGAGCGAGUCCAGGCGUGUGUGCAGCUCGUCGAGAAGGUGUUUGGCAGCGCGCUGACGGUGGUGCUGCGCCACGCGAACCCUUCGCUGCACCACCCGGACACCCUGCACAAGCUGUCGGGGCUCGUGGCCAGAGCCAAGCGCUCGACCCGGCGCUACAUAAAACAGGCAUCCUGGCUGUCCGGCGAAGACCUAAACCUGACGCUGAACCACGUGUCUGGGGCAAGCGUAGCGCUGCUCAGUCCGGACGACUCCCUGUCCGAAGAGGACAUGGGCCAAUACUUCGUGGACGUGCCUAUGCUCAACGAGCGCAGCCUGCUGGAGAGCUACUUCCACAUGAAGACCUCCGUGCAGCGCAAGUAUUGGGCAGCGCUGCAGCGCACUCAGAACAGUGCCCCCGCAGCGGCCAUGAACGCCAGCGACAUCGACGUUGCGGCUCGUCUCCGCGAGCUCGGGAGCGUCAGCAGUAUGGACACGUCGUAUAAGUACGACCCGACGUCGAAUAGGGUGUUCCUGCCGUACGGCGUGAUGGGCUUCCUGCUGCACGUGAAAGACGUGCUGCCCAUCCACGUGCCCCGGUUUCUUCAUUACGCGGUCAGGGGGCUCUUUGCCGCCGUCACCGACCUCCAGGCGACGCACGACGACGUCCGCCGACCGUCGUGGAGUCGGGCGACGGCCCUGCGGUUCGCGCACAGGUCCUGGUGCUUCCUGCGCCAGUACACGGAGGCUCUGUCUGCCGAGGCAGACUCCUCCGUUUCCGUCGACGACUACCUGGACGAGGCCGUCGAGGACAACGCCGUGCUCGAGCCCCUGUACCGCGUCUAUCUGCACUCGUUCCCGUACCGGGCGGGCAGGCCGGCCAUGUUCAUGCUUCCGACACUCAAGAGUAUGUCCAGCGACCAGCUGUUCUUCGUCAACUACGCCGUGGGCCACUGCGAGAACGCGCGCAACGGCACCGCGAGCAAGCAGGUCCUGUUCCGCGAGCGGAUUCCGGCCAAGUUUAAGGUCAACCUGCCGCUGAGCAACUUCAAACGUUUCGCGGCCGUCUACAAGUGCAAAAAGGGGUCUAGGAUGAACCCGGCAAGAACUUGCUCCGUCUGGAACGAUUAGUGCGUCGCCUGGUGCCGGCGGACGGACGCGCGUCGCUCUUUUUGGGGGGUAGAUAGAACCAACCUGCUAUAGAUUUGAGACGGUGGGUGAAACUAAGGUUAUGUGACGAAUUUAUUUUAUAUCUCGUUUUGUUUCUUGCGAGCGAGGCUUUCUCGGAUAAUUAAAGGUUCGUUUGUUUAGUUGCCGCUGUCGUGGUCGAGAUAAGACUCAGUGAACUGCGUACGUUUAUUCUAGCAUAGCAAUACAAGUGCGAAUCGCGCUAGAGAUUAAAAAAAAAAAAAAAAAAUGCUAGAAAACGUUUUAGUUAAUUAUAACACUGGUA